AUGACCCACGAACAAGAGGCUAUCUUACCUAAAACGGCUUCAAAUGCGUCCUACACGCCCAUCGCCCAUCGCCGUGACAAUGUCUUUGAAGACGUUCACAUUGAAGAAGAAGUCUUCCAAUUUAUCGGUUCUACAAGUAGCCACACCACAACCGCGAAGUCUAUUUCGGUCAAAUCUGGCUCGACACAAUUUCUCGGCGAUUUGUCUGAUAUUACUGUCCAGAAAGUAUCCAGUGACCGCAGAGUUACCGCCCAAAACAACACGCGUCAAGAGUCGAGUACUACCAAAUUUGCAAUCCACGGAAAGGGUCAGGUGCUUGGAACAGGUAUAGAUGGAGAAAAAGAUAUAAACAGACAAAGUUCUAGCAAGGUAUAA